GUUGCUUUUCCAAUUUUUAAAUGAUUUUUUACGAUGCCAGUUAUUAUUAUUACUGGUAUACCAUGCAGUGGUAAAACAACACGAACUACUGAAUUGCAAGAAUACUUUAUAAAGGCAGAAAAAAAUGUAGAAGUUAUAAGUGAAAUUAAUAUUAUAACUAAAACAGGUUUUGAUCGAAACAGAUUUUAUGCUGAUUCUAAGAAUGAAAAAAGUGUGAGAAGUGAUAUAAAGUCAGCGGCACAACUGUUUUGUGAUAUACCAGUUGAGCAUGCUUGGUUAUGGAAUGAGAAAAGGUCAAAAUGUGAACAAUAUAGUAGAGAAACUUUUGAUGCACUUGUAAUGAGAUAUGAAACACCUGACACAAAAAAUCGUUGGGAUUCACCAUUAUUCAUCGUAUCAUCAGAAGAUGAAUUAAAAUUUGAUGAAAUUUAUAAAUCAUUGUAUGAAGUAAAAGCACCUAAACCAAAUUUAAGUACACAAUGUCCACCAUUAUCUUCAACUAAUUAUUUAUAUCAAUUGGAUACAAUAACUCAAGAAAUAGUUAAUGCAAUAUUAUCAGCUAAACAAUUUGGUGUUGAAAAUGAAUUUAAAGUACCAGGGUAUAAUUUGACAGUACAAAAUUCAUGUACUCCAGCACAACUUAUGAGACUACGAAGACAAUUUUUAACAUAUAAUUCAAAUUACCUAAUAUUGACUUGA